AUGAGUAGUUCAGUUCAUUCCCCUUCUUCUACUUCUUCUGAUGUGGUGCUUGCACCUCAUCCCUUAAAUCACGUCAAUCACAAUCACACAGAAUCAUCCUCAACAACAAAAACACUUAAACGAAGUCGAUCACCUAGUUUAACACGAGACGAUAACAAUGAAACAAAUGAUUCUAUAACAACUACAAAUACGCCAUCAAAAAAAAGUCGAAAGAAAAGAAAUACAACAGAUAUUGAUCAGAGUUUAGGACUACAUUUAUCGGCGGAUAAAUUGCAUAUAUAUCAAUGGCCAAUUGAUGAACCUCAUGCCGAUUUACAUGUUUUACAAGAACAAAUAUGUGAUUAUCUAUCACUGAAAUCUUUUAAAAGAAAAUAUCCAGAUAUCUGUCGCAGAAUUGUUGAUUUACACGAAAGAGAAUAUUUAAAAGCACAACAUGUUGUAACUGAAACACAAUGUGAUCUUGGUUUGACAGCACUAAAACUUGAUGAAGUGCUGCAACUUAUGUCCACUGAUUAUCCAGAAAAAUGUCAUCAAUUCAAUCAUGUAUGGCAAGAAAAACGUCGUACAAUCUUAGCUGCAACUAAUACAAAGUCUAAUCAUAAUGCAACUAGUAGUACAACUACGCUUUUAUCUGCAUCUAUAUCUAAUCAAUUAUCUUCAUCAUCCUCUACAUCAAUUGCUCAAUCGACGACUUCACUUGAUAAUGGAGAUAAAAAUCGUUCAUCUAAAUUAUCAAAUACUGUUCGACAAGAAUUAAUACGAUCAACUGUUGAAUUUAAUAAUCAAUUACAACGCGAACGACUUCAAGAACGUAAAGCCUGUUUUGAUCUACAGACUAUGCAAAUUCAUUAUCCAGCAAAUCGACAAUUUCGUUUACCAUCUUAUUUAACUCAAGUUGGCUCUUAUCCAUUAGCACUCGUACCCGGACAAUACCAAGAUUCAUAUAUUAAAUAUAAACCUGAAGAACUUAAAUAUAUGCCUAUUAAUACGGCAAUAUACCACUAUCCAAAACCACUUUCACUUGUUCAUACGGAUCGCUUUUCGCAACAGGGAGCAUCAAGUGAUGAAGAAGAUGAAGUCACUACGACUACUAAACUGCCAAUAUCAACACCACAAUCACCUUUAUUAGUCAAUGGAAUCGGUAGUAAUGGUCCAUCAUCAGUUCGUUUAACAAAACCCUCUACACCGAUCUCAGUGAACAGUCAUUCGAAUCUAUGUCAUAUGUGUAAAACAGCAGACGAUGAAAACGAUGAAGAAUUCGUUACAUGUACAAGUUGUCAUCAUCGGUAUCAUCCUGUUUGUCUUGAUGUUAACGCAGAAAUGUUAACUAUUAUUAAAACAUAUCCAUGGCAAUGUAUUGAUUGUAAAAGUUGUGCAAAAUGUAAUACAACACAUGAUGAAGCUAAUAUGAUGUUCUGCGAUCGAUGUGACCGUGGUUAUCAUUCUUAUUGUGCUGGUCUCGAAGCCAUUCCAGAUGGAUCAUGGCAAUGUUCAGCUUGUGAUCCACCAGCUCCUCUUCCUCCUCCUCCAUCAACUUCACCAACACCAACAACCAAAGGAAAACGAGGUCGACCUUCUAGUACAAAUCGUUCGUCUCCUCGUCAACAACCAACAACUUCUCCUAAAUCAGAACUUCUUCCAACUCGUGUAUCGUCUCGUCGCAGUCAUAAAAUUCUAUCGACACCAUUAUCUCCAUCGAAUAAUAUAAAUCAUUCAUCAAAUUCUUCUUCAGCUGAUGUACAAUCUAAUACGAACAGUCCUUCUGUGAAUCUCAUCCUAAGUCGGCAUCAACAGCAAUGGACUACAACCACUAGUAAUAAUAAUAAUAAUAAUAAUACUAUCACAUCGACUAAUCAAAGAUAG